AUGAGUGAAUGUAAUAAUUGGUUUUGUGACGGUACAUUUUCAGUGGCACCUCCCAUUUUUGCUCAGUUAUAUACUAUACACGGGGUAUGUUAUUCCAACGUUAUUCCUAGUGUUUAUGUAUUACUGCCAGAUAAAAAAGAAAAAACUUACCGUCACAUGUUUGAAAUUUUAAAAUCACUGAAGUCAAAUUUAAAUCCAAAAAGUAUUAUGAUAGAUUAUGAAAGAGCAGCUUUAAAUGCAAUCGAAACGGAGUUUUGUAAUACCGAGGUAAAAGGUUGUUUCUUUCAUAUGUCGCAAUGCAUUUGGCGUCAUGUCCAAGAAUUGGGCCUACAGACAACUUAUCGAAAUGAUCCAGAGUUUUCAUUACGAAUUCGAAUGCUACCAGCAUUAGCUUUUAUUCCAGAAGUAGAUGUAAUAAAAUGUUAUAAUGCAUUACUAGUUACAAAUUAUUACACAGAUAAUGAAGAUCUACUGGCACCGCUGUUGGAUUAUUUCGAAAAUACAUGGGUAGGAAAAUUAGACAGGAGAGGAAAAAGAAAGCCGCCAAAGUAUGCAAUCACAUUAUGGAACUGUUUUUCGAGAGUAAUUCAAGAUUUGGCUACCACAAAUAAUGCUAUAGAAGGGUGGCACAAUUGUUUCACAUCACUUAUAAAUAGUAUACAUCCUUCAAUUUGGCGAUUUAUAGAUGCAUUAAAAAAAGAAGAGAGCAUUAACAGAUUCAAAAUCGAACAAUAUGUUGGGGGCAACGAGCCACCCAAAAAAAAAAUUUACCGAGAUAGAGCAGCUAAAAUAAAAAAAAUUUCGAGAGGAAGCUCUACAGCUGGAAGCGCAAUAUCACAUCAGGCCAAAAGAAACGGGUUGGCUGAUUUCCUAGGAUAA